CAUCGCACCACGCGAUCGUGAGCUGCGCUUCUCACAGAUAAAUACACACGAUUCGUCCCGACAACGUUCACGAUUACAACAUCGCCACCUCCAGUGACUUCAUUCCAGACUCCCCACGUUUCGACAAGCCACUGCCAUUUACCAGUUCUAUCUGGAGUCGGCCAUCCGCCCGAGCCUACCUAGCUUCGAACCGUGCUUUCUAUACACAUCCAGCCCUAGGAACCAGUCAUCCGAAACUCGAGCGCUUCAUAGUCCCAUUGCUGGACAAGUCGAUACGUACCGAAAUCUUCCAUACGGCAAUAGCAACGAUCCUCACCCUCUUCCUCGGUCAAAAUGGUUCUCACGCACACUACCAACCAUACCUAUAGCCAUCCUUUCCCGACCGUCACGCUCGCCUUCUUCCUCCGGUACUGCUCCCCGCAGCUCAAUCCCUUUUCUCAGCAUGUCAUGAGCACCGACACCCUUUCAUCGCAUGUCGACCCGGCCACCGGCCGUCUGCACACGACUCGCAUCCACCUCAAAAAGUCGCGUAUGCCGCCUGCUAUCAUGAAGAUGCUCCCCACUAGCAUUACGGGCGGUGCCACGACCGAGAAGGCGUCCUAUAUCAUGGAGACCAGCGUUGUGGACAUGAAGGAGGGCUGGAUGUCGACCGAGAGCCGGAACCUGAACUUUGCCGGCGUUCUGUCGGUGGUGGAGAAGCAGAUCUAUACGAUCCCAACGAGCACUAAUGAGAAUGGAAAUACGACCGACGUUGCCACGACGGUGGUCUUUCGAUCUCGCUUUGGGGAGCGCAUUCGCGACAAGUUGGGUCACUUGCACGCACAUGAAGUUGAACAAGAGAAGGGCGGCUUCUUUUCUCGGCUUGGCGCCCAUGGUAUUCAACGAAGCAUCGAGAGCCUGGCGUCGAAGAAGACCCAAGACCAACUUGGCAAGAGCCGAGAGGGAAUGAAGCUGAUUCUCGAGCGACUUCGCCAGUCGGGUAUCAUGGGCGUCCUGGAGCUCAGAAAGAUGGCACGGGAACGCAACAUGGAGAAGGCUUGAACGAAUUACCGAGCUAGGGCUAUAAUGACCAUCUAGGCCUUCGGUCGUGCUCUGGGGCCUUUCCCAAAGCUUAUGAUUUGUUUACUUGCCCUUGCCACCGUCUUUGUCCACCAUUGGGUAUCACCGAGACGUAUCCGACCCUGUCCUCUGCUCAAUCUGGGCAAGGAAGUCCCGGUGGAAGUACGCGGACGAAAGACGCAUCUUUUCCACGGCACCGCAAGACGAGUUAGGCCACAAUUUCUGUGAGCUGUCUUUCUUGGUGUCGUGCUGUACACUACAACAUUGUCGUUGAUUUUAGCAUGGCGUUGGUGUAAGGUUCUGUGUUGUCACUGGGUCGCAUACGAUGAGGGAAGUCAUCCUCACGACACGCUCACACGCGAGCAUAUACCCGCGUACCCAU